GAGUGAAAGAGGCGACAAAUUAAGAGCACUUGCAAAUUGUUGUUGUCGUCGGGAAAUUGAUAUAUUCGAUUAGCAAUCCAGAAAGUUGAGCAGGCGACAAGGACAACUGGCGGCAUCUUCAAUUCAGCAGGACGCGCACAGGACACGCCCACUAUAACGCCCACUAUACCGCGCGCACAGCAGUCGUCGGUGGUGCUGUGUGAAAACAAGUAGAAGAAAAUUUACAUCCUGUUCGCAUCGCAUUAGCCCCGCUUUAAGUCGACCAAACGCCGAGUCAUGCCUGAGCAGGAUAAUUACGAUGAUGAGUUGGUUUCCAGCAAUCCCAAUCAGCGCAACUGGCGCGGCAUUCUCAUCGCCCUGCUGGUGAUCAUCAUUGUGCUGGCCUUGAUUGUUACCUCGGUGGUGCUCCUCACGCCCCCCGAUGAGGGCCCACGCGUCAAAGGGCAGCGCAUCAAGCUGCAGGACAUUGUUGACGGCAUCUACGUGCCUCAACGCUCCAACGGCAGCUGGAUAGAUGCCGAAGAGUUUCUGUAUCAGGACCAGUUGGGUCGCAUCUGCCUGCUAAAUGCUGCCAAUCGAACUGAACGCGUCCUCAUGUCCAAUGUGACAUUUAAAAAUUUGUCGCCCUUCACGUUCAGCAUAUCGGCAGACAAGCGUUAUCUGCUGCUGGCUCAAAAUGUAGUCAAAUUGUUUCGACACUCGUAUUUGGCGCAGUACACGCUCUACGACAUCCACACGAGCGAAACCAUCAAACUGCGCCUCAAUCCGCAUCAGGACGAAUGGCCCUAUUUGCACUUUGCCCGCUUCAGCAGCGCUGGCAAUGCGCUCAUCUGGGUGCUCAACUAUGAGAUUUACUAUCGCCAGGAGGUGCGUUCCACGCACGCCUAUCGCAUAACUCACGAUGCCGUACCGGGCGUCGUCUAUAACGGCAUUCCCGACUGGUUAUACGAAGAGGAAAUGCUGCACACAAAUAAUGCCAUUUGGGUGUCGGACGACGGCCACCUGCUCCUCUAUGCCAGCUUCAACGAUACAAACGUGCAGGAACAGCACUUUGCCUGGUAUGGCACCACCUCAUCGGGAACCGCUGGCGGCGCUGGAACUAGCGGAACGGCAAGUGGCACUGGCCAUGGUGUUGGAAGUGGUGCCGGCGGUGGUGGUAGCUCAGCUGCUGGCACUAAUCCGCAUGCCAACUUGUACCCGGAAAUUAGAUCCUUACGAUAUCCAAAGCCGGGCACACAGAAUCCCACAGUCACUUUGCGGGUAGCAAACCUAUCGGAUCCGCAGAAGAUACACAUCGUUGACUUGAAACCGCCGAAGAUUUUACAAAAAGAGGAUCAUUACUUUAGCAGCGCCAGUUGGGUGAGCGGCACAGAGAUCGCUGUGGUGUGGCUCAAUCGACCGCAGAACAUAUCCGCGGUGAGCGUCUGCCGGAGUCCCGCGUUCGCCUGCAUUGAGACCCAUCGAGUGAGCGGCGAUGGACGUGGCUGGGUGGACACCGUCUCGGUGCCAUUAUUUGCGUCCAAUGCCAGCGUCUAUGUGGCCAUAUCGCCGCUGCGAGACGGCUCGUUUGGCUAUUUCCGGCACAUCGUGCACGUGGACAUUGACAACAAUCGCGUGCUGCCCCUCACCCAUGGCCCCUACGAGGUGAACCGACUUCUGCACUGGGAUCAGCACGAUAAUUGGAUUUAUUUUCUGGGCACACCGGAGCGCCUGCCGUCGCAGCAGCAUUUAUAUCGCGUUUCGGCGCUGCCCGCUCGACAGGGACAUUCCCUACAAGUGCCGGACUGUCUGACGUGUCCGGCAGUGAUGCAGCGCAGCGAUGGCUACGACGAGGGUCACACAAAGCCGCCACCAAAGCUGGUCACUGCCUGGGACGACGAUUGGGAGGACUCAGAGGAAUCGGACACAGCUCAGCAGCCGCCGCCGCCAGCGAUGCCCGUGGAGCAGCAGCGUCAGGGGCGGGGAGUGACCCCACCCAGUGAUUGCCUAUAUCAUGAGGCUCAAUUUGCGCUAUCGCUGCGAGCGCGUUAUUUGCUGCUGGAGUGCCUGGGACCAGUGGUGCCCAAUUCCAUAAUUUAUGGCCUGAAACAUCCAGCCGGCGGACCCAAGGCCAAAAGGCAGAGUAUGACACAGGAGCAGACGCAGGCAGAAGGCGAAAGUACAGCGGAGGAAGUUCGAGUUGAGCCCAAGUCACAGUUUCUGGAGCUGCUCGUCACCGUGCAGAAUAACACGCGACUCAAGGAGAAAAUGGCAAAAGUGGCGCUGCCGCAGAUUAAAACGUUCCCGGUCAUGAUCUCCGGCGGCUAUCACGCCCAGGUGCGUCUCUAUCUGCCGCCGGUGCUGCGCGAGGAUGAGAUUACGCGUUAUCCCACCAUCUUGCACGUCUACUCAGGCCCGGGUACACAAUUGGUCACCGAUCGCUGGCACGUCGACUGGAACACCUAUUUGGCGGGCAGCAAGGAUUACAUAGUCAUCGAGAUCGAUGGACGCGGCUCGGCCGGCCAAGGCUAUCAGCUGCUGCACGAGGUCUACAAGCGUCUAGGCAGCGUCGAGGUCUCCGAUCAGCUGGAGGUCAGCGAAUACCUGCGCGACAAUCUACACUUCAUUGAUGCACGCCGCAUGGGCGUCUGGGGUUGGAGCUAUGGUGGCUACACAGCAGCCCUCGCCUUGGCUGGCCAGCAAUCGAUCUUCCAAUGUGGCAUCAGUGUCUCGCCGGUGACCAAUUGGAAGCUCUACGACUCCACGUAUGCGGAACGUUAUCUGAGUUUUCCGAACGUAACCGACAACUACAAGGGCUACGAGGAGAGCGAUCUGUCAAAAUAUGUGGACAACCUGCGAGAGCGUCAAUUUCUGCUGGUGCACGGCACAGCGGAUGACAAUGUGCAUGUCCAGCAAUCAAUGGUGCUGGCACGUGCCCUGACCAGCAAGGGUGUGCUCUACAAGCAGCAAAUCUAUCCGGACGAGGGGCACAGUUUGUCGGGUGUGAAGCGGCAUCUUUAUCGCUCGAUGACUGCGUUCUUUGAUGACUGCUUCAAGAAGCUGGUACCACCGGAAACGAAAGCUGGCCUGGGCAGUGGCGGCGAUAUGCAGCAGCAAUAAAACAGCAACAGCAACAAAAAUAGCAAUAAAAUUUGUUUUUUUUUUUGAUAACAGCGGCGCGAAGCAUUAAAUGAAAGCGAAACGUGCUCUCGAAAUGUUUGCGUAAAUUACAUUAAAUGUAAUUUAUUAUGAAAACACACGCACACACAUCUAAAUACAAACAACAUUCGAAAUAGCCAUUCCGACGCGCCAGAGUUGCAUUGAAAAGUUCAAAAUGAGUUCGCAUGAACGACCAACUGAACUGAACGAAUGAGCCAAGUCCUUAAUAUCGUUCAAUAAUCGAUCACAAAAUUGUUCGUUCUGUUCCCUUGAGCGCAAUUAUCAAUUAUGGAUCGACAUAUUCGUCCACCAAAACUUUGACUACUGGAGCUUGUUCGUUCAACUGAACUACAAUGUACAAUAUUCUACUACACACAGCCCCAAAUGGUGACAGGAAUAACAACAACAACUUCGUGAAACUGUA